AUGGAGCGAUGCCUCGCGUUGCAGCGCGGCCGUGGCGAGUGCGCCCUCUGCACCCCGGGGCUCAUGCUUCAGGAGGGCCCGGUGGCGCACGGCGAGCCGGCCGCCUGCACCAUGGUCUGCCCCUCCCAGAGCCAGAUCAAUGGCGGCAUCUGCGAGCUGGGCCCGCUGGACUGGGGCAUCCGCCCGCCGGGCCACCUGCGCCUUGCCCAGGGCGGGGACUUCUCCCUGGGGCCUCCGCGGCUCCUGGCCCGGUCGCUGCUCAGGCCGAUGGCCUCCCUCGAGCGGUGGGCCCUGGCCGAGGCCCUGCCCCCGGAGGAGCACUCCCAUGUGGUGCUGGCCCUGGGCCCGGGCAUGGCCGCCCCGCGACUGCUGGACAUGGCGGCGUCCCUGGCGCCUGUUGGCACGCCGGACAGCCGGGUCCCCCCGGUGCUGGGCACCGCCGUGGCCUACGCCGAGCUCGGGCCGCUGCAUUCGCCGGGACCACCCGAGCGUGUGGCCCUGGUGCAGGUGUUCUGCCACGGCCCCGGGCGGCUGGGCUUCAUCACGGCCACCAUCCCCCGGCAGGCCGGCCCGGCGGAUGUGGCCCCCGUGGACUUUGGCCCGGUGCAGGAUGUGCCGCUGCAUGGGGCCCGGUGUGUGGGCCUCCGGCGCCUGUCGGCCCGGGCCCUCAGCAUGCUGCUGGUGCCGGAGGCCGGGGAAGGAGACCCGGCCCCCGGGGGCCCGGGCGGCCAGCCCUCUCGCGCGGCCCUGGUCAUGCUGUCCCCCGGGGACGACCGCAUGCCGGAUGGGCUGACGGUCAUCCUCCCGCCCAUGGGCCACACAGGCCCCGGGCACCUGGCCACCUUCCCGUCCUUCAUGGACCCCCGCCCGGAGGGGCCCGCAUGGUGGUACCUCUUCGGCGGCCAGGGCAGCGCCCCUGCCGCCGGGGGUUUUGGCACCGCCCUGCCGGCCGGGGUGCUGGAGGCCGAGGACCCACAGGCCCGGCGGGCGUCCGGCCAUGCGGUCGUCUGGCAGGCGGGGAUGCUGAGCUCCUUCUCCCCCCUGCUGGUGCCGAUGGCCCUCGACACGCAUGCAGCCUCGCGGCAUCCGGCCGAGCUGCUGUUCACUUGGGUGUACCAGGAGGCCUGGUGGGCGAUCCAUGUGCCGGGAGCCGGGUCGCUGCAGGGCCGCUCCCGGAACAUGGGCUCGCGCGGGGUCCAGCGCCUGGGGGCCUGGCGCGGGCUGUCGGCCGGCCCCGGGGUCGGGCUCUUCCCCCUGCCGGCCCUCGGCCUGCCGACGUACCCCAGCGGCCUGCUGCUGGUCAGCGAGGUCGGGCUGCUGGGGCUGGCCCUGCUCCGGUGCCCGGGCGACGGCACCCACGAGUGCACCCUGCGGCCGGCCACCUGGCACAAGCUGUCCGGGCCGCUGGCCCCCGGGCAGGCGGCCCUGGUGUCGGUGCUGCGGCUGCCCCCCCAGGCAGACCCGGGGGAGGCCAUCCUCCUGGUGGGCCUCGGCCCGGACCGGGCCCCCAUGUUCCUGAGCAUCCACGAUGGCGCCUGCCCGGGCGGCACCUUCGGCCCGGCGUGCGAGCCCUGCGACCACCUUUGCGCCACCUGCCACGGGCCCCGGCCGGAGGACUGCCUCACCUGCCGGCUCUCCUCCCCGGCCCCGGGGGACGGCUGCCUGGACACGUGCGCCGACGGGCUGUUCCCCCCGGCCACCAGCCCCUUCAUCGGCCAGUGCCUUUGCCACCCGCACUGCCAGACCUGCGCCCGGGCCCCGGCGAGCCUGGGCGGCGGCUAUAUGUGCACCUCCUGCCCCGCGGGCAUGGUCCUCUCCUCGCAGAACGGCGGGGGCGGCGGGGGCGGGGGCGGGGGCGGGGGCGGCGGCGGCGGCCAGCCGAUCCCCGAGUGGGGCCACUGUCUGCCCUGCGCCCCGGCGUGCGCCGAGUGCGCCUUCCCCGACGACCCGGCCGCCUGCACGGCUUGCCCGGCCGGGAAGUUCCUGUACCUGGGCGCCUGCCUUGAUGCUUGUCCGCUGGGGAUGUACCCGGACCCGGGCCGUGCGUGCGCCCCGUGCCCGGCUGGGUGCGACGUCUGCUCGAUGGAGCAUGACUGCGAGGUUUGUGCCGACGACUUCACCCGCGGCACCGAUGGCCUGUGUCACCGGUGCGACGUCUCCUGCAACGGGUGCCUCAGUAGCACGGCCUGUUUGGCGUGUCGCCCGGGCCUGGUGUUCCUGGACCCCCAGGCGCCCUCGCUGUGCGGCAGCACCUGCGCCCCGGGCGAGUAUGCCGGCGCGGGCCGAUGUGCCGCGUGUGAUGGGUCUUGUGCCCUGUGCGACCAGGCGGCCGACCGGUGCCAGUGCGCGGCGCACUGCUCCAGCUGCCCCGGGUCGCCGGACACCUGCGCCCUGUGCGAGCGCGGGUGGCUGCUGGCCGGCCCGGCCUGCGUGAGCUCCUGCCCGGCGGGGUCCCUGGCCACGGGCGGGGUGUGCACCACCUGCCACCCCUCCUGCGGCACAUGCUACGGCUUCGAGCCGGGACACUGCCUGACGUGCGGUGCGGACGCCCCGCUCCUGGUGGACGGCCACUGCCUGGCCGCCUGCCCGGCCGGCACCUUCCAGAGCGAGCAGGCCUGCCAGCCAUGCAGCUCGACCUGUGAGACAUGCACGGAUUCCGGCCCCGGCGACUGCACCGCCUGCCCGGGGGACCGGGCUCUCAUGGCCGGGCUCUGCGUGCUUACCUGCCCGACUGACCACUACAUGGCCGACGGGCCGGCCGCCGGGCGCGAGUGUCUGCCCUGCGAUGGCUCGUGCGCCGGGUGCACCGGGCCCGGGGCCGAUCAGUGCACGGCCUGCGCCGGCGCCGGCCGGCUGCACAUGGGCACGUGCGUGGGUGUCUGCCCGGCCGGCACCUUCGGCUGCGGGGUCACGACGCAGUGCGAGCCCUGCGCCGAGCGCUGUGCCGAGUGCAUGGUGCUCGUCGACACGCCCGACCUCGGGUGCACAUCCUCGUGCCGGGCGUGCGAGGGCGGCUUCGUCCUGUCGUCCUCGACCGGGCAGUGCGAUGCGGCCUGCGCGGCGGGGGAGUAUGCGGCCGACGGGCACAUCUGCGCCCCAUGCGGCCCCCCCUGCCGGGCAUGCUUCGGCGCGGCCGAGCACUGCACCUCGUGCGCGGACCCGGAUGCCUGGCUGCAUGCGGGCGAUGGGAUGUGCCUGAGCGCCUGUCCGGCUGGCGGGCUGGCCGCGGUCGAGUUCCCGGCCGCGGCGCCCCCCCUGCCAGGGCGGGUCUGCCUCGCUUGUCCGGCCGGCUGCGAGCGGUGCGCCGCCGGGCCAGGCACCCCGGCGUGUGCCUUCGGCCCGGACGGAGAGCUGUCCUGCCCGGUGGCCGACGUGUGCCUCGAGUGCGAGGCCGGCCUGCUGGUGCUGGGGGGUGCGUGUGUGGCCAGCUGCCCGGAUGGGACAUUCGCGGAUCGCGACGCGCCGGCGCCGGCCUGCGCGCCCUGCCACGCCGGGUGCGACAGAUGCACCGGGCCCGGGGAGGCGGACUGCACCGACGCAGCCAAGGGCCCAAGCGGACGGGGCCUUGCCCUGGCCCUGGGGCUUGGGCUUGGGCUGGGCAUCCUGCUGCUGCUCCUGCUGGUCCUCUUGGCGCUAUUCCUCCUGCGCCGGCGCCCCCGCCGGCCCGGGUCCAAGUCGCAUCCGGCCGACGAGGAUUGCACGAUCCUCAACACCAUGCUGGAGCUGUCCCUGCCGGGGACCAUCCUGGUGAAUGUCAGCACGGACUUCCACCGGCUGGACGGGGCCCUGGGCAGUGGGUCCCAGGCGUCGGUCUACGCGGCGCAGGCCAUCGGGGCCGGCAUUGCGGCCCGGCUGGGCUGCCCGGAGGUGGUGGCCAUCAAGUCGCCGACCGCCGAGACCAUGCUGCCGGUGCACUAUGCCAUGUUCCAGAACGAGGUGGCGCUGAUGUGGCUGCUGCGCGACGCGCCGAAUGUCGUCCGGCUGUACGGCUACAGCGACCAGCCGCCGGCCAUCGUCAUGGAGCGCUUCGACACGGACCUGGCCACGCUGCUGCACUCGGAGGUGCCACUGGCGCCGCACGUCCUGCUGGACAUCUGCCAGCAGUGGGCCUCCGGGCUGGAGGCCAUGCACGCGCAGGGGGUGGCCCACCGGGACCUGAAGCCGGGCAACGUGUUUGCCAGCCAGCGCCCGGACGGCGGCUGGCGCGCGGCCCUCGGCGACCUGGGCACCUCGCGCAACCUCAGCACCGACCGGUCCUCGGCCCUGGUGGCCGAAGUCCCGGACUUGAAUGCCAUGACCGUGUGCUAUGCCGCGCCGGAGGUGAUCAACGCCUUCCGGCGCGGGAUCCUGCUGGAGCAGGACCUUCUCCUGCUGGCGGACAUCUACAGCGCGGCCAUCAUGGCCUGGGAGUGUCUGGCCCGCGCGCGGCCCUUCGAUGGCAUGUGCCUGGAGGAGAUCCUGGCCGCCGCGUCGGCCGGCACCCGGCCCAACCUGGCCGCCCUCCCCGCUGGACCGGGGCCGCAGCUCGUGGCCGACCUGCUGCCGGCCUGCUGGAGCCCCAUCCCGGCCGGUCGGCCGCCGGCCGCGGCCCUCCGGCAGAAGUGCGCCGCCGCCCUGGCCCUGCACCAUGGCUGA